CGGAGUACCAUUCAAAGGGAGCCUAAGGUACCAAUAGGAACAGUAUUAAGCUUCGUCUUCCUUGCUCUUUAAUCUUCGUCUCUCUCAUCCUUUGUUUGCCCAACUAUCUCUCCCUCUCUCCCAACUCCCUGCUAUCAUUAUCACACACUGACAGGAUUCAUCCCGUCGCCUUUCCCCCCCUUUUAACUUGAGCUCUCCCACCACAGCCUUCUGGUUCUUGCCUUUCUUUAACCGAAGACCUCUCUCCUUCCCCGCAUUGCAUACACAAUGGCAGCCAGAGUUUUGCCUACCCACCUCAAGGCCCCGGCCACCGAGACCUCGAACACUGGCUCCUUCGGCAAGCACCAUGGAAAGUCUCAGUCUCACAUGGCGUUCGAAAAUGCCUCCACUAGCGUUGCUGCUUCUCAGAUGCGCAACGCGCUGAAUGCCCUGUCAGAGACCGUCCCCGAUCCUCAGGAGCGCAAGCGUUUCGAGGCCGAGAUGGACAACUUCUUUGCUCUCUUCCGCAGAUUCCUGAACGACAAGGCCAAGGGCAACGAAGUGAACUGGGACCGCAUUGCUCCUCCCCAGCCUUCUCAGGUGGUCAACUAUGAUAGUUUGGGAAGCGAGGCCUCGGUUGAGUUCCUGAACAAGUUGGCAGUUGUUAAGCUGAACGGUGGUUUGGGUACUUCUAUGGGUUGUGUUGGUCCUAAGUCCGUCAUUGAGGUCCGUGAGGGCAUGUCAUUCCUGGAUUUGUCCGUUCGCCAGAUCGAGCACCUGAACCGCACUUUCAACGUCAACGUUCCCUUCGUUCUGAUGAACUCGUUCAAUACCGACCAGGACACCCAGUCCAUCAUCAAGAAGUACCAGGGCCACAAUGUCGACAUCAUCACCUUUAACCAAUCUCGCUACCCUCGUAUCAUCAAGGACUCUCUUCUCCCUGCUCCUAAGAGCUUCGAUGCUCCUCUGCAGGACUGGUAUCCCCCUGGUCAUGGUGACGUCUUUGAGUCCUUGUACAACUCGGGCACUCUUGACAAGCUCCUGGAGCGGGGCGUGGAAUACAUCUUCCUGUCCAACGCUGACAACUUGGGUGCCGUGGUGGAUCUUCGUAUCCUGCAGCACAUGGUUGACACCAAAUCUGAGUACAUCAUGGAAUUGACCGAUAAGACCAAGGCCGACGUGAAGGGUGGUACUAUCAUUGACUACGAGGGCAAGGCCCGUCUGCUGGAAAUUGCCCAGGUUCCCAAGGAGCACGUUAACGAGUUCAAGUCCAUCAAGAAGUUCAAGUAUUUCAACACCAAUAACAUCUGGAUGAGCCUCCGCGCCAUCAAGCGUGUUGUUGAGGAGAAUGAGCUUGAGAUGGAGAUCAUUGCGAACGAGAAGUCGAUCCCCGCCGAUAAGAAGGGCGACGCCGACCAGGCCAUCUACCAGCUCGAGACCGCUGUUGGUGCGGCUAUCCGUCACUUCAAGAACGGACACGGAGUCAACGUUCCUCGUCGUCGUUUCCUGCCUGUGAAGACAUGCUCCGAUCUCUUGCUGGUCAAAUCGGAUCUCUACCGUCUGGAGCACGGUCAGUUGGUCAUGGACCCUAACCGCUUCGGUGGUGUUCCCGUGAUCAAGCUUGGAUCCGAUUUCAAGAAGGUCUCCGACUUCCAGAAGCGCAUUCCCAGCAUCCCUCGUAUUGUCGAGCUCGAUCACCUGACGAUUACCGGCGCUGUCAACCUGGGCCGGAAUGUCACUCUCAAGGGUACGGUCAUCAUCGUAGCCACGGAGGGUAGCACUAUUGACGUGCCUCCUGGCUCGGUGCUGGAGAACUGUGUCGUCCAGGGAAGCUUGCGAAUCUUGGAGCAUUAAAUUACACGUUUGGACUACCGUCGGCUUGCAUCAUACUCCAUUUGCCCUUCCACCGGGGCUGGUACAGAAGGAGGUGCCUGCAGGGGCUGAUAGAUCUGUUUUAGAAGCGAGGUUUAUCUUACGUGGAUUUUGGGUCUGAUUAACAUAUAUCCUGUGUUGAUUGAACGUCUGGAAGGCGCAUUCGUGGCAACGGUUCUGAUUGGGAUGUGCAGCAAAACUUAGUUUAGUUCGUCCAUAAUUUUCUCUCUUCAUUUUCUAUUACUACUUCUUACUUUGUUUGGACUGAUCACUUGUUAUUUCCCGGCAAGGUUGGUUUGUCUCUAAUGAAAACAUUCCCGGGAAGCCAUUGCCCGAUGCGAAGCCUGCAGAUAUACUCUACUAUAGUAAACAUAGACGAACUCAGCAAUUGCCUGGAACGGUGGUUCCUUGACUUAACUCAA